AGGUGAGUGAGGAAAUCCCAUGAUGUGACUGUCAUUGAUUCUGCCGGUAGGUGAAUGAAUGAUAGCUGAAGCUAACACUUUGAAGGUCAGGUUGGAGUUACUGAUGUUUUUCAACUGCAGUAGCUUUAUAGAACUAACAAAGACAAUCCUGAGGACAUCUGCAGCCUGGCUUGGGCUUAUGCCCCUUAAGCCAUUGUUGACUUGAACUAGCUAAGCCUAUUUCACUGUUUGGGCGCUUCACCUUUGUGUGCUUUGUGAUGUGUAAAACAUUUUAUUGUAUUAGAAAUGACAGUAACUGCAUUUUCAACAGCAAUUUUUCUAAUGCUGUAGUUACAUCUUUUAUGAGCUCUACUGUUCUGUGUUGUGAGUUAUUAAGUUGUAUCCUUUUCCUUGUUUCCCCUUUGUGGUGCCAGGGAUCAAACUCAGGGGUCUCACACAUGCUAUGCAAGUGUCUACCACUAACCUACAUGCCCCACAUAUCUUCUUUCAUUCUUUGAAGUCAGUUUUUACUUUCUUUAAAGGAGAGAUGAAGAAAACCCUGCAGGAUGAGAUUGAAGCCAUUCUUCAGAAGAGGAUUAUGGUGCUGGAUGGUGGAAUGGGGACCAUGAUCCAGCGGUACAGACUAAGUGAGGAAGACUUCCAGGGUCAAGAGUUCAAAGCUCACACGAGGCCACUGAAAGGCAACAAUGACAUUUUGAGUAUAACACAACCUGAUGUUAUUUACCAAAUUCAUAAGGAGUACUUGCUGGCUGGAGCAGAUAUCAUUGAAACAAACACGUUCAGCAGCACUAGUAUCGCCCAGGCUGACUAUGGCCUUGAACACUUGGCCUACCGGAUGAACAAGUGCUCCGCAGAUGUGGCCAGAAAAGCCGCUGAGGAGAUGACCCUGCAGACAGGAAUCAAGAGGUUUGUGGCUGGAGCUCUGGGUCCAACUAAUAAGACACUUUCUGUCUCCCCAUCUGUGGAAAGGCCAGAUUAUAGGAAUAUCACAUUUGAUGAGCUUGUUGAAGCAUACCAGCAGCAGGCCAAAGGACUGCUGGAUGGUGGGGUUGACAUCUUACUCAUUGAAACUAUUUUUGAUACAGCCAAUGCCAAAGCAGCCUUGUUUGCACUCCAGAAACUUUUUGAAGAGAAUUAUGCUUCUCCCCGGCCUAUCUUUAUUUCUGGGACCAUUGUUGAUAAAAGUGGACGGACUCUUUCUGGCCAGACAGGAGAGGCAUUUGUCAUCAGCGUGUCUCAUUCAAACCCACUUUGCAUUGGAUUAAAUUGUGCUCUAGGUGCUGCUGAAAUGAGGCCUUUCAUCGAAACAAUCGGAAAAUGCACAACAGCCUAUGUCCUCUGUUAUCCAAAUGCAGGUCUUCCCAAUACUUUUGGUGACUAUGAUGACACACCAUCCAUGAUGGCCAUGCAGCUGAAGGACUUCGCUGUGGAUGGCUUGGUGAAUAUAGUUGGUGGGUGCUGUGGUUCUACACCUGAUCAUAUCAGGGAAAUUGCUGAAGCUGUGAAAAACUGUAAGCCUAGAGUUCCACCUGCUAGUGUUUUUAAAGGGCAUAUGUUACUAUCUGGUCUAGAGCCCUUCAGGAUUGGACCAUACACCAACUUUGUUAACAUUGGAGAGCGCUGUAACGUGGCAGGAUCCAGGAAGUUUGCUAAACUCAUCAUGGCAGGAAACUAUGAAGAAGCCCUGAGCAUUGCCAAAGUACAGGUGGAGAUGGGAGCUCAGGUGCUGGAUAUCAAUAUGGACGAUGGCAUGCUGGAUGGUCCCAGUGCAAUGACCAGAUUUUGCAACUUCAUUGCUUCUGAGCCUGACAUUGCCAAGGUGCCCCUGUGCAUUGACUCUUCCAAUUUUGCUGUGAUUGAAGCUGGAUUGAAGUGCUGCCAAGGGAAGUGCAUAGUCAAUAGCAUCAGUCUGAAGGAGGGGGAGGAGGACUUCCUGGAGAAGGCCAGGAAGAUCAAGAAGUUUGGAGCUGCUGUGGUGGUUAUGGCUUUCGAUGAGGAAGGGCAGGCAACAGAAACAGAUGUUAAAGUCAAUGUGUGCACCCGAGCCUACCACCUGCUUGUGGAAAAAGUGGGCUUCAAUCCAAAUGACAUUAUUUUUGAUCCCAACAUCCUUACCAUUGGUACUGGAAUGGAAGAACAUAACUUGUAUGCUAUCAAUUUUAUUCAUGCAACAAGAGUCAUUAAAGAAACAUUGCCAGGAGUCAGAAUAAGCGGAGGUCUUUCCAAUUUGUCCUUCUCCUUCCGAGGGAUGGAAGCCAUUCGGGAAGCAAUGCAUGGUGUUUUCCUUUACCAUGCUAUCAAGUUUGGUAUGGACAUGGGGAUAGUCAAUGCAGGCAACCUCCCCGUGUACGAUGAUAUCCAUAAGGACCUUCUUCAGCUCUGUGAAGACCUCAUCUGGAACAAGGAUGCUGAGGCUACUGAGAAACUCUUACGAUAUGCCCAGACUCAUGGCAAAGGAGGGAAGAAAGUUAUCCAGACAGAUGAGUGGAGGAAUGGCUCCAUCGAAGAACGCCUUGAGUAUGCUCUUGUGAAGGGCAUUGAAAAGCACAUUAUUGAAGAUACUGAGGAAGCCAGGUUAAACCAGGAAAAAUACCCCCGGCCCCUGAAUAUAAUUGAAGGGCCCCUGAUGAAUGGCAUGAAAGUGGUUGGUGAUCUUUUUGGAGCUGGCAAAAUGUUUCUACCUCAGGUUAUAAAGUCAGCCCGAGUCAUGAAGAAGGCUGUUGGCCACCUUAUCCCUUUCAUGGAAAAAGAAAGAGAAGAAGCCAGAGUGCUGAACGGUUCGGUUGAAGAAGAGGACCCCUACCAAGGCACCAUUGUGCUGGCCACUGUUAAGGGUGAUGUGCACGACAUUGGCAAGAACAUAGUUGGUGUGGUGCUGGGCUGCAAUAAUUUCAGAGUUAUUGAUUUAGGAGUUAUGACUCCCUGUGAUAAGAUACUUCAAGCUGCUCUGGACCACAAAGCAGAUAUAAUCGGCUUGUCAGGACUCAUCACUCCAUCCCUGGAUGAAAUGAUUUUUGUUGCCAAGGAAAUGGAGAGGUUGUCUAUAAAGAUUCCAUUGCUGAUAGGAGGAGCAACUACUUCAAGAACCCACACAGCAGUUAAAAUAGCACCUCGAUACAGUGCACCUGUAAUCCAUGUCCUGGAUGCAUCCAAGAGUGUGGUGGUGUGUUCUCAGCUGUUAGAUGAAAAUCUGAAAGAUGACUACUUUGAAGAAAUACUGGAAGAAUAUGAAGAUAUUAGACAGGGACACUAUGAGUCUCUCAAAGAGAGAAGAUACUUACCCCUAAGUCAAGCCAGAAAACAUGGUUUCUACAUUGAUUGGCUGUCUGAACCUCACCCAGUGAAGCCCACAUUUAUUGGGACCCAGGUGUUUGAAGACUACAAUCUGCAAAAGCUGGUGGACUACAUUGACUGGAAGCCUUUCUUUGAUGUCUGGCAGCUCCGGGGCAAGUACCCGAACCGAGGCUUUCCCAAGAUCUUUAAUGACAAAACAGUAGGCGAAGAAGCCAGAAAAGUAUAUGAUGAUGCUCAGAAUAUGCUGAACAUACUGAUUAGUCAACAGAAACUCCAGGCCAGGGGUGUGGUUGGAUUCUGGCCAGCACAGAGUGUUCAAGAUGACAUCCACCUGUAUGCAGAGGGGGUGGUGCCCCAGGCUGCAGAGCCUGUAGCCACCUUCUAUGGGCUGAGGCAGCAGGCUGAGAAGGAUUCCUCCAGUACAGACCCCUACCACUGCCUCUCAGACUUCAUUGCUCCUUUGCAUUCUGGUGUCCGAGACUACUUGGGUCUGUUUGCUGUUGCUUGCUUUGGGGUUGAAGAGCUGAGUAAAGCCUAUGAGGCCAGUGGUGAUGACUACAGCAGCAUCAUGGUGAAGGCACUGGGAGACAGGCUGGCAGAGGCCUUUGCAGAGGAGCUCCAUGAGAGAGUUCGCCGAGAACUGUGGGCUUACUGCGGUAGUGAGCAGUUGGAUGUCACAGACUUGCGCAAACUGCGGUAUGAGGGCAUCCGGCCAGCCCCUGGCUACCCCAGCCAGCCUGACCAUACUGAGAAGCUCACCAUGUGGAGACUGGCCAACAUCGAGCAGGCCACAGGCAUCAGGUUGACAGAAUCCUUGGCAAUGGCACCUGCUUCAGCAGUAUCAGGCCUCUACUUCUCCAAUGUAAAGUCCAAAUAUUUUGCAGUAGGGAAAAUUUCCAAAGAUCAGGUGGAGGAUUAUGCUUUGAGGAAGAACAUGCCUGUGGCCGAUGUGGAGAAGUGGCUUGGCCCCAUUCUGGGAUAUGAUACAGACUGACUUCUGUCUCAUAUUUCUUAGUUCUUUUUCUCUUUUUUCCUUUAAACUUUUGUUUGCUGACCUCAACGGGGUACAAUCCAGAGUGUCUUAGAAAUAACCGAAAGCACCUUUGCAUCUGCCUGCCCUGUCCUGCUGCCAGGGUUAGAAGGUUGGCUGGUGGCAUGUGACACAGAGCAGGUCUUCUGGGGUCCUGGGAAAUAAGUCCUUUUUCAGGGACUUUAAAUGAGGAGCAUAAAGCUGCCCAGGCUCAUGGCAUCCCUGGGCCCUUAG